UCCGGUUACGGGUAACAUACGUAAAUAGAAUAAAACGCAGUUACCUUUCAAUGUAAACAACCAUAAGUAGAGUGCAAUGAUUGAUUCCUCUAGAGGGUUCAGUUUUUUCAGUUGUUUUUUUACGGAGAAAUAUCCACCCAAACGGACGCGUUCUGCACAUGCGUUAAUCCCAGUUAGCUACUCGUCUCACGCGCGGAAUGUAAGUCCAGUCUGUCUUCCGGGUGGUCGCUCCGUUGCUGAUUCAGGCUGCCAUCAUGUCUGCGGCACAAGUGGCUGCUUUUGGCAGGCAGUGACACACCUAGUCCAGCAUGAAGGCCACGGCUCCCAGAGUCUCCUUCUGUGCGGGUUUCGUGGUGGGAUCCUUCAUGCUGUACGUUUAUUUACGGCCACUCAGCUUGACCCACACCUUUUCCAGUAGCUUCGGAGAGCAUCAUGAUCACCAGCAACAGCAGCUUGAAGACGACGAGGUGUGGAAGAAGGAAAGAUCUGCCCUCUUUAAUCUCAAACACCCUCAUCAUUCAGAUGAGGAUAGCAGAAUGGCGGAUGAGUUGUACAAAAAAGUGCGUAUUCUUUGCUGGGUGAUGACUGGACCCAACAACCUGGAGACCAGGGCUCGCUACGUGAGGGACACGUGGGGGCGGCACUGCAACAUUGUGGUCUUCAUGAGCUCUGUGGGAGAUCCCGACUUCCCGGCGGUGGGUCUGAAUACCAAAGAGGGCCGUGACCAGCUGUACUGGAAAACCAUCCGGGCCUUCCACUACGUCCACGAGCACCACGGCCACGAAGCUGACUGGUUCCUCAAGGCGGACGACGACACCUAUGUCAUAGUGGACAACAUGCGCUGGGUCCUGGCCAACCACAGCGCGGACGAGCCCAUUUACUUUGGCCGAAGAUUCAAGCCCUACGUCAAGCAAGGCUACAUGAGCGGCGGUGCGGGCUACGUGCUGAGCAAAGAGGCCCUCCGCCGAUUUGUACAAGGCUUUAAAAACAAAGUGUGCACUCACACCAGCUCCGUGGAGGACCUGGCCAUGGGACAGUGCAUGGAGAAGGUGGGCGUGGUGGCGGGCGACUCCAGGGACACUUUGCAGCGGGAGACAUUUCAUCCUUUUGUCCCUGAGCAGCACCUGACUGCCAAGUUUCCCAAAAGCUUCUGGUACUGGAGCUACUGCUACUACCCCAUCUCACAGGGUCCAAACUGCUGCUCGGACUUGACGGUGUCCUUCCACUACGUGCACGACAGCAACAUGUACCUGCUGGAGUACUACGCCUAUCACCUGCGUGCCUUUGGCUACAGAUACCGCUACCAGCCCCCCACCCCCCUCGGCUACUCCUACCAGCAGUUGCGCUCCAAGGAGGAGGAGAAGGAUGAUGAUGGUGAUGCUGCUGCUGAGGGAAGUGAGAAAGUUCCUCAGGAAAAGGAUGGAGCAGGAGGUGAGGUUGGUGAGAAGAGAGCAGAUGAUUCCAAAGGUCCUCCUGCUGCUCCACGCUAGCAGCAUCUUUCUUCUUUCUUUUAGCAUCCAUCUACCUGGCAACUCUAUAACCCUUGACCCUUGACCUUGACAGCGCAACCUCCUCGUGAAAAAUGAAAACAUGGUCAUGUUUAGUGGAGAGAUGCUAAGAGGUUGCAUAUCUUUCAAGAAAAAAGGUGAAGUUAUUCAGAUCCACUUCACUCUUUUUGCUGUGGCUUUUUUUUUUUUUACUUUUUAGAUCUUCAUACAUUUUCCUUAUUUUCUCAUAUUACAAGUUACAACAGACAUUUUUUAACUCUGUGCUACUCAAAUGACAUUAUUUUUCCUCAUAAUAUCACAAGCUUAUUCUUGUAAAAUUGCAAAUGUUUUGCCUUCAUGCUCGUUAAAUUAAUAAAAUUCCAAAUGUA